AUGAAUUAUCAAUACAAUGAUGUACUCAAGGCAUUUUGCCGUAAUGUUGAUUCGAUAUUGGCAGAAAUCACCAGCCCUGAAGAAGAUCGUUUCCUUCGAACCCAUUUGAUACAGAAUCACAUAUCAGAACACUUUUGGAUUAGGGGUACAGACGCCUUUGCGGAGGGGCAGUGGGUUUGGAUAUCAAAACAAACACCCUUUACCUACAAAGGAUGGGCCCCGGGGGAACCAAACAACGGAGUGGGCGGAGCUUGCAUGACAUUAGCAUAUCACGAGGGUUACCAUUGGAACGAUGAUCACUGCAAAAGUCAAUACGACUUCAUUUGUGAGAAAGAGUAUGUACUUGUGGUGUCUAUAGAACCUUGAAGGAAAACUCCAAAAGAAUUAAAGUACAUUUCAUUUAAUUAUUAAACUAGAUAAAUGA